CACGUGGCUCCACCCCGCUGUGAUGACGUCACAUCACUGCCAGAUCUGGAAAGUCUAACAUCUGAAAAUCUUCAUCUUCACGGAAGAAGAAAUUUCACUUCAUACAGGUCAGAGCUUUUCAGUGUUCAUGUGAAAGCUAUGGGCUUCAUUCAGCAGUGUACCUGAUCCUACUUUUUAAUCCAUUCCAGUUCAGAGGGCCAUGAGCCAGACCAGCCCCUGGCUGCAGUAUGAGCCUCCGCACUGUAGGGGGUGCUCUGUUCACCUCACUGCAUCCUAAUCUGCUUGUGAGCAGCAGUGGUGGUGGCAGCAGAGGAAGCCGGUGGGGCUCUCUCUCUCUGAAACCAGGGUCUUCCCUGUUGCACACCAUGGUUCCCGCAGGUUACACAGUUCUACAAGAAGAGCGACUGGCCAUGGUGGAAUUGACCUCACCCAAGCCGGAGACGCAACAGAACGGUUUUCACCGCGAAGCCCGUCGCCUUUCCGAGCGUUCUGGAGAUGGUCGAUACGGUGAGACGGAGCCUAUGUUACCUGACAGCCGGCUCUCUGGAGAAGAGGUAGAUGAGGAAGAGGAAAGCGAAGAAGAAGGCCAGAAACCAGCCACACAAAACAUGCCCAAGGAGUCACCUCUGGCCAUGGCUCUACAGAUUCUGUUGCCAUUCCUGCUGGCCGGAUUUGGUACCGUUUCAGCUGGCAUGGUGUUAGAUAUAGUGCAGCAUUGGGAUGCCUUCAAAUAUAUCACAGAGAUCUUUAUCCUGGUCCCUGCUCUCCUGGGUCUGAAAGGAAACCUGGAAAUGACUCUAGCCUCCAGACUCUCCACAGCAGUGAAUGUUGGAAAAAUGGACUCACCAAUAGAGAAGUGGAACCUCAUCAUUGGCAACUUGGCACUAAAACAAGUCCAAGCUACAGUGGUGGGCUUUCUGGCAGCAGUGGCAGCCAUUAUUCUUGGCUGGAUCCCUGAAGGAAAGUUCCAAAUGAGUCAUGCUGUGCUGCUCUGCUCCAGCAGCGUGGCUACGGCCUUCAUCGCUUCCAUGCUGCAAGGUAUCAUCAUGGUGGGUGUGAUUGUGGGCUCAAAGAAGACAGGCAUCAAUCCUGACAACGUUGCCACACCAAUCGCAGCCAGCUUCGGUGACCUCAUUACGCUUGCCAUCCUGGCCUGGAUCAGUCAGGGGCUCUAUAGCUGCCUGGACUCCCAUCCAUACGUGUCCUCUCUUGUGUGUGCCUUCUUCAUGUCCCUGACUCCGGUGUGGAUGGUCAUUUCAUCCAAACACCCGGCGAGCAGACAGCUCCUCUACUCCGGCUGGGAGCCUGUCAUCACCGCCAUGGUCAUCAGCAGUAUUGGAGGUCUGAUCCUGGAUAAAACCGUAUCAGACCCAAACCUGGCUGGUAUUGUGGUCUACACCCCUGUCAUAAAUGGUAUUGGUGGAAACCUUGUGGCCAUCCAGUCUAGUCGCAUCUCGACACACUUGCACUUCCACAGCACCCUGGGCGAGGUUCCAGACGAGGCCAAGGGCUGCUACUAUCCCUGUCGAACCUUCUGCGGCUCAGGAGCCAAUCACAGGUCAGCACAAGUGCUGCUUUUACUGGUGAUCCCAGGCCACUUGAUCUUUCUGUACACGAUUCAUCUGAUGAAAAGUGGCCAUACGUCUUUGACGCCCAUCUUCAUGACCGUUUACUUGGCUGCAGCUCUGCUACAGGUGUUCCUCCUGCUGAGUAUAGCAGACUGGAUGGUCCACUCAAUGUGGAAGUCUGGGAAAGACCCGGACAGUUUCUCCAUCCCGUACCUGACAGCUCUGGGGGACCUGCUGGGCACAGCUCUCCUGGCCUUGAGCUUCCACUUCCUCUGGGUGAUCGGUGACCAGGACAGUGACGUAGGCGAUUAGAACCAAACGUUUUCACCGGUCACGUGUAACAUUUUAGCCAAAGCCGUGCUGCGCAGCUAUGGGACACAUCCAGCCACCGGUUAAUGGAUGCUGCCGGUGAUUGGCUGACCGUGUAUAUGAUUUGUGACAAGAGUCAGAGAGAGGACCAAUGAGGAUGUGAUAUCCUCAUCAGCUGGAACAUUUUUGUAAUGUUUUUUAAAGGACAGAGUUAUUUAAUAUUCAGCUUUGGAGAGAUUAUUGUAUGCAGCUUCAUUCCAGUCAGAUUUGGGAGGUGUUACUGAGCUUUCAGAAAUGAAUUAGCUUUAUGAAUGAACUAAUUAUCAGCCUGUAUUUUUGUUCACUCACUCACAUCCAUGAUUGAGAUUAAAAAUUCUCCCUAUCAACAAGCCAGUUCCCCUCUUGCUCUUCCUGCUCUCUUGCACAUGGUUUUGCACUUUCUAAGACAAAUGGUACUUAUGUGUUAUGUUUAGGUCAACCUGAUACUUUUCAUGGUUUACAUCUUCUGUUUACAUGUAUGCAACUCUUCAUGACACAAGGCAUGUGUGCCUGAAAAUCGGCUGCAUGUGGUUGAUGGUUCAGCGUUUGUCUAUAAUGGCUUAUUUCCCCCUCUUGUCUGUAUGUCUCACGUGUGUGUGCUUUGCUGUCUUUGGUGGUUUUGCUUUAUGGGAGAAAAUAUAAUCUGAUCUGUUCUUUUUUAUACACAGAAUAAAUGUUAAGUAUUUGUCUGUAGUCAAUUUCA